GAGACUGAAGUGCAGUCCUUCAGCUUCACCAAGUCUACACACGGAUUAGAAGCUUGCUUCGCUUCCCUUGAACAGACUCACUUGUUUUGUAAAGUGAGGAACUAUUUGGAGUUGAGUACUUUAGAGGACUGUUUUUACUUCUUGUUAAGGAUUCUGACAGGAUCUGACUGACUUUUUCUGACUGUAAAGGGGGCAGCUUUCGACAAUGCAAAUUAUGGAGGACAACCAUCCAAGUGAUAACUGCACAGCAGAGAAUCUACCACUGUACAAAUUUUACGCCUCUGUGAUGAUCAUGGAAUUCACACUGGCUCUGCCGCUCAACCUCUCAGUGCUUUAUCUAUUCAUCUUCAAGCUGAAGUUCUGGAAAUCUAAAACCAACAACAUUUUCCUGUUCAAUCUCGUCUUGGCUGACGUUCUUCUGCUUAUAUGUUUGCCAGUAAAGGCGUAUCAUUUUCUUAACGGGAAUCGGCGGAGUACAGAAGGAGGGACCUGCAAAGCCAUGCUCUUCAUGCUGUUUCUGAACCGAGGUGCCAGUAUCGCCUUCCUGACUGUGAUUUCAGUUGAUCGCUACUUCAAUGUGGUUCAUCCUGGGGGAAAUAACUGUGCCAAGGCUUUAAAAAGGUCUCCUCAUAUCUCUUUCCUCAUCUGGCUACUGCUGCUCCCCCUGACUAUCCCCACCAUGCUGAAGUCCUUUGAGUGCUGUAAUAGUUAUGGGCGUGAAGAUGACACUCUAGUCGAGGAUGUCACUGACACUCUGAGAGAGGUUGUGUUUUUCACCCAGAUUCUCAUCCCUUUCUUUGUGUUGGUCUACUGCACGGUCCGCAUUGUUAACAGACUAAAAAAGAAGACCGUAGGGGAUAGUACCAAGCUGCGUCGAGCAGUGUUUCUGGUCACCUCAGUAAUGCUGGUCUUUUCUUUCUGUUUCUUGCCUUGUACCAUAGCUAGAAUGGUUCUGUUGAUUUUCAGAAUCAAGGAUCUACAGAAUGCUGAGAAUAUAGCUGUUCAGCUCUAUGAUGGACUCAUGGUUUUAUCCUACAUGGAUUGUUUAGUGGACCCAAUUGUGUACUGCUUAAGCAGCACUAAGUUCAAAAGCCUCUACCUGACAACUUAUUGCCCCAGUCUACUGAGCAAAGAUGCAGAAUCAGCUGAAAGCCCUAACUUGACAGGAAACAACUUAAAUCGAAAAUGCAAAAACAAUGCAUUGUACACUGUAAAGGGGUUGCCCUGAAUUUGACAGUAACUUACAGGAAGCUCAGUGGCAAGUAAAAUUCUGUAUUUCAUAAUACAGUUAACCUACUGUAAUAUAAAUGUGGUAUCAAAGCAAGUACUGUGUUAUGACACACAGUACAAUACCGUAAAAUUGACUGUAUUAUACUGUAAAAAGUAAAUGCUACCGUAAUCAGAAUUCAUUCAGGAAAUUCAUUGAGGGGAUGGGUUUGUAUUUCACAGGAUUGUACUGUAUUUACAAGGGAUUGGUGCAAGCAGGUUGGCUGCUAGGUAAAAAUUGUUUACACAUUACAGCAUUUUAAUUAAUAUUUGGUGCUUUAUACCACUUACACUUAACAAAGGCUUCCAAACUGGCAGUGACUACAGGACAAAACAGACCAAAAGGACAUGGCAAAAUGCCUGCUGCCACUCCAAUCUGAUUAAAAUGUGAUGGGGCAACAUAACCACAUAGGAGUUAAAUUGUUACAGCGUUCUCACUCACAGGUGCAACAAAUAUAGCCUCUUACAAGGCAGCCUCAAAACAUAUUUUUCUUAAUUAAAUGUUUUUAUUUAAAAACAAUACCAUGCACCAACUAGUGGUCAAAAGGUUUUUGGCACUCCAAAGAUAUGGUAUGGUACUGUGUUAUGUGGGGUGGAAUUACAGUACCAUUUGAAAUACAGCAAUUUUUUCCCUGCCCAGAACACUUUCCAACAAUGCACCAUAAUUUAGAGUAUGCUGCAGUAGUACCCGGACCCAGUUUUCCUUGCAUGAAAAUUAAGGACUGCCCCGGGAGACCCCAAAUGAACUAUUUCUAAAAAAUAAAUAAAACAAUACAUUGAUAUAAAAAGCAUUAUAAAAUGUGUGGUUUGCAUCACUUAAUGCCCGAUGUCGCAUAUCACUAGAACAUUUUAAGUUACUAAACUUCGCCAAAAAUGUAUAUUAUUUUUAGAACAUUUACUCAGGCAUUUCUGGUCUUCGGGGGGAGCAAACCUUCCGUGUUUUCAGCGCCAAUCUCCGAUAAGGUAAUUACAAAGAUCGUCCACUAGACAGUGCCAAAAGUGUUUAUUAGGAAAUCUUCCUGAAAGUAGUGGUUUCAUGUUAUUUAUUGAUUGAGUACUACAGACAGUUACCAAGUGUUUAAGACACUGUGACAUAUAUGUUAAAGGGAAAAUGUACAGUUUUCUAUGACAGUGUAGUGUAACGGAUGUGAAAUGGCUAGCUAGUUAGCGGGUACGCGCUAAUAGCAUUUCAAUCGGUUACGUCACUUGCUCUGAGACGUGAAGUAGGGUUUCCCCUUGCUCUGCAAGGGCCGCGGCUUUUGUGGAGCGAUGGGUAACGACGCUUCGUGGGUGACCGUUGUUGAUGUGUGCAGAGGGUCCCUGGUUCGCGCCCGUGUCGGGGCGAGGGGACGCCGUAAAGUUAUACUGUGACAUUGAUGCUGUUGACCCGGAUCACUGGUUGCUGCGGAAAAGGAGGAGGUUGAAAGGGGGGUGAGUGUAACGGAUGUGAAAUGGCUAGCUAGUUAGCGGGUACACGCUAAUAGCAUUUCAAUCGGUUACGUCACUUGCUCUGAGACCUGAAGUAGGGUUUCCCCUUGCUCUGCAAGAGCCGCGGCCUUUGUGGCGCGAUGGGUAACGAUGCUUCGUGGGCGACCGUUGUUGAUGUGUGCAGAAGGUCCCUGGUUCGCGCCCGUGUCGGGCGAGGGGACGGUUUAAAGUUAUACUGUUACAGUAGCAGAAUAGACUGCUUUUCUCAAAUAGAGGACAUGUUUUAUUACUGCAUUAUGACUAUUUGUUCUCAUGAUGAGACAUUCAUGUUAGUUUGCCAAACCAGACUGUGAUUCACUACUUGUUUCUGUUAUCAUCAGUCAUCUGGUUUCUUUCCCCUGUGAUGUCAUUCUUCAUGUUAAAAAGCUCAUAAUGACUCUGUUGUUACUAAUUGUCUGGGUCAAAUAAACAUUACUCUCAAGUUAAGUGUGUUGCUAUUGUUGUUAUUAGUUCUACUACCACUACUGCCCACAGUCCUUGGGAGCGGGCCGUGUCAGUGGCACUGGGUUAUCCUCAAAGCGGGAGAAGAAGGUGUUUAACUUGUCCGGGAGCGAGACGUUGGUGUCCAGGACGUGGCUGGUUUUCCCUUUUUAAUCCAUGAGCGACCUACACAAAACACACCUAGCUUACUACACAACAUACACUUAGCAUUACUUUCUUAGCUGAUCGUCCUCGCAGUGGCAGACCACGUGUAACAACAACUGCACAGGAUCGGUACAUCCGAACAUCACACCUUUGGGACAGGUACAGGAUGGCCACAACAACUGCCCGAGUUACACCAGGAACGCACAAUCACUCCAUCAGUGCUCAGACUGUCCGCAAUAGGCUGAGAGAGGCUGGGCUGAGGGCUUGUAGGCCUGUUGUAAGGCAGGUCCUCACCAGACAUCACCGGCAACAACGUCGCCUAUGGGCACAAACCAACUGUCACUGGACCAGACAGGACUGGCAAAAAGUGCUCUUCACUGACGAGUCAUGGUUUUGUCUCACCAGGGGUGAUGGUCGGAUUCGCGUUUAUCGUCGAAGGAAUGAGCGUUACACUGAGGCCUGUACUCUGGAGCGGGAUCGAUUUGGAGGUGGAGGGUCCGUCAUGGUCUAGGGCGGUGUGUCACAGCAUCAUCGGACUGAGCAUGUUGUCAUUGCAGGCAAUCUCAACACUGUGCGUUACUGGGAAGACAUCCUCCUCCCUCAUGAGUUACCCAUCCUGCAGGCUCAUCCUGACAUGACCCUCCAGCAUGACAAUGCCACCAGCCAUACUGCUCGUUCUGUGCGUGAUUUCCUGCAAGACAGGAAUGUCAGUGUUCUGCCAUGGCCAGCGAAGAGCCCGGAUUUCAAUCCCAUUGAGCACGUCUGGGACCGUUGGAUCGGAGGGUGAGGGCUAGAGCUAUUCCCACCAGAAAUGUCCGGGAACUUGCAGGUGCCUUGGUGGAAGAGUGGGGUAACAUCUCACAGCAAGAACUGGCAAAUCUUGUGCAGUCCAUGAGGAGGAGAUGCACUGCAGUACUUAAUGCAGCUGGAGGCCACACCAGAUACUGACUGUUACUUUUGAUUUUGACCCCCCCUUUGUUCAGGGACACAUUAUUCAAUUUCUGUUAGUCACAUGUCUGUGGAACUUGUUCAGUUUCUGUCUCAGUUGUUGAAUCUUGUUAUGUUCAUACAAAUAUUUACACAUGUUAAGUUUUCUGAAAAUCAACGCAGUUGACAGUGAGAGGACGUUUCUUUUUUGACGAGUUUAUCUGUCAUGCACCAGGUAGCCUAAUCUCCCCUCUCAGAACACCUUACCUGUCACUCAUAUCUGAGGCAAAAUGAAUGAGUGAAGGAGCCAUCGCUGUAAUUCUUGCAAAAGUAAAUUGUAAGUAACUGGAAAGAGGUGAUUUAGUGAAUUGCUCUACAACAAAAGUAGGUCGUUUUGUGUUAGGUGAGAAUUAUCGGUUAAUUGAAUGAUUAGAAUAUUCCGCCCUGAAACAUAUAAUUGUACGGAAGUGAUUAGAAUGUAUAACAUCAUAAUCAAUACAUGUGUAGUCUAGUCAGAAUUAGGGUAAAGACCAUAUGUCUUUAUGGUAUUAUAAACACAGACUGUCUGAGCUUGGUGCCGACCUGACUAGAGAUUUGGGAGAAGAACAGGGAGUAUGUCUCAAGGACAAGGUCACUAAUUCCUGGCGGCUGGGUAGCAGGACAUGUGUGUGCGUCUGUUUGUAUGGGUGUGUAUGUGUGUGUGUGUGUGUGCGUAUGGUUGUGUGAAUGUGUGGGCGUGAGAAGUCAGUAUAAAAUUAAUUGUUUUGUAUUCCUGACUUUAGAACGUUCCGUGAAUAAACCUUUUUGACUAUUUAGCUGGGCCUCCGUCUGUUUCAUUCGACCAGGAUCUUACAAAUUCUGGUUUGCAGACUGAGUAAUAUAUU